GGUUUAAAUGGUAGCAAAACUUAUCAAUCAAAUUUUCACCAUAGAGAAAUCGGCCGCAAAUUUAUCACAGGGUUCGGCGGCCAAAUUAAAAGUUGUGUUUAAUUUGGGACCACCGUGUAGAUCGUGGCGAACGCGAGAAAGAGACGCGGAUAGAUAGCUAGAUAGUGGAAACGGGAGAAACGAAGAGAAACGGAACAUGGUCGAUGUGUCUAGCGUAACCCGGCUGACUGGCUGGCUGGCUGGCUGGCGGACGGGCUGGCUGGCUGGCUGGCUGGCUGGCUGGUUGGUUCGGGUAGUAGCUGGCUGGCUGGUUCGGCUGACUGGAUCAACCGGGGACCGUCUAGCUUGCGUCUACCCCGCCGCACAAGCCAACCCGGCAUUAUCUAUACGUCUAGACACCCCUGCGCCACCGAGAGAAGACCAUAGCGGUUUGGCGCUCCGCUUGUAAUUUACAGCGCGCCCCGCCGUGUCUCUACACCCACCAACUCUCUCUCUCUCUCUCCCCCCCUUUCUCUUUCUCCUUCCUUUCUCUACCUUUCUCUUCAUCGCUCUCUUCUUCUCUCCGCCUCUUUCGCACUUCUGACGACGGCUAAGAUCGCACUUGCACCUCCUCUGCUCGAGUUUUUCCGCGCGGCCCCUUCCUUCCCUCUUCCUCACCUGUUCCCGCCUUGACGUUCCUUCAUUUUUCUGCCAUCCGAUACCAGCUCGAGUGACUGGGAUCGAAAGUUCACCGACGUUAUCAUAAAUCUCUCACGUCUAAAUCGCGAGAUCAUUUUUCUUAUAAUUUCGUAUGAAACGCGAUGGAAAUGAGAUAAUUACAUUCGACGACACGGCGCGACGCGUGAAUUUGUUACCGCAUAAGUCCACGGUUAUUUGGUCGAAAAUUCACGCUCGUGCGUUUGUAUUGCCCGUUCAUUAGAACGGGAAAUUGUUGCCGAGAGUUGGAUGUUUGUAAUUUCAUGGAACAAUGGCGUGGCAAGCUGCAGACGUUAUCGCAUUUAUUAAUACUGAUGCGCAGAUAUAUUUGCAUCAAGGUCGGUAGGAUGCAUGCAUGCAUGCGAUCUCCCAUUCGGUCAUCCCUCCCGCAAUCAGACUUUUAUAUGACUAUUUUAUAGCGGUUAGAGGAAGCUCUGUUAAUCCUGAUACUAGAUAAAAACAAGCCCCGUCUAAAGUACGAAAUAUGCGUCUGCGGUUGGAAAGGCAAAGCAAAAUUUCCAAUCGAUUCCCGCUAAAUAAGCGGGGCGCAGUAAACUUUGAUUAAAAAUCCUCGUGUAUAUCGUUCGCAUUCUAAUUCAUUCUAACAGUCGAAAUAAUUGUGAAUCAUUCGUAGGCCGUACACUGCGUUGUUUUCCCAAGAUUUUAUUCAAACAGCAUCAAACUAGAUAAUUGCGCCAGGAUAGCGAGUGAGUACGGCGAUGAACUUUCGAAUUUCGGAACGAAGGAAGGAGGACUAGAGGACGGCGCGAUUUUCCCAGGGGUAUAAAUCGAAGGGAGAUGCAGGCUGCGACGACGAAGGAAGACGGAUGGCUAGACGGAUAGAUCGACAUCGAAAGAGGGAGAGACGGGAGAGAAUGGCGACGGCGAUGAAGGCGCAGACUAUGGCGCCGAAGUCAGGGGUUGAACGGGCUGAUGUUUUAAACGAUGUGCUGGCGGAGGAAUGCAGAAAAGCGGGACUUCCGGCGAACACUUUCGAGCGUGACCCGCCGGAAGACGCGGCCGAACGUUCGCCGAUUCCUUUGAAAGCUUCACCGGCUUUCCCCAGGACGACAUCCGCCGAGAUCGGCCAUCGUUCAUCUCGCGCGGAAUACAACCUGGAAUUCGCGGGUCGUCUCUACGUCUCGCCGAGAUGGACGAUCGACCCUCCACCGGAUACCCCAGAAUUACGCGCGGUGCAACAAAAAUUUAUCUUCCUAGGUUGAAAGAGAAGUCUUAAUAUCAUAUAGAAAUAUUCAUGUACACUGAGAAACAAUUUUUUCUGUAAUGCAAAAACAUUUACUUGAAAGCAUAUAAUUUGCGAGCAUAGAUUUGUUUGCUCUGUUUCAGUAAAAAUAUUUAUAACUUUUUAAAUAAAUAGAUAUGUUAUCUUAAAUAUAUAAUUUUGUAUUUUUAUAUUUUUUACAUUUAAAUAAU